UAUAACCAUAAGUGUUUUAUAUAAAUAUAUAAUUUAUAUAUAGUUCAUAUACAGAAUAAUAAUUCUUAUAUAAUUUAUAAAUAGUUUUUUUUUUUUAUAUAUAUAUAUAAUCAUACCCGGUUUUUGACCACAGAAUUUAUUUUUUAUUUUCGUUCUAAACAUGGUAAACCGGUGUGUUUUGUGCUUCGCCACCAUCGCCGACGGUGUCAGUUUACACAAAUUUCCGAGGGAUGCCCAAAGGGCCGAUUCGUGGCUACAGUUUAUCGUGGCUUGCGGCCGUAAUCCGUCGGACGUAAACGUACGCAAUGCGUUUUUGUGUUACCGGCAUUUUCUGCCCAGCGACUACGGUAGCAGUACUGUACGCAGGGUGCUCAACCGGAACGCCGUACCGUCCGUCAGUAUCACGGAGCAACACGAUGAGGCCGACAUUGAAAUUGUUCGCGUGGUGGACAUUGAUGUUGGUGAUGCCGGACCGUUCGGAGGAAAUGUCGUCGCUGGCGGUGUUGGUGCCAGUGGAAACGAUUUGGUUGAAGUGGUAGAAGUACCCGUUGGAGCGUCACCCGAAAUUGUCGAUGUCGGUCCGCUCGACAUUGAAGUGGUCGGGGCUCCCGUCGAACCGUCGCCCGAAUUUGUCGACGUCGGAUUGGAGGACGUCAGUAAAAUUAUUAAAUCGCUUUUCAAUACGAUGGACACAUAAACUUUUAAUUAAUUAUUGUUUUUUUUCCUCUCAUUGUGUAGCUUGCCGUCGUCGGAGUUCUAAACGAACCAGCCCUCGACGUCGCUACGUCCGAAGUGAGUUUAGUUAUUUCGAACAUUACAAUAAAUAGUAUAUUAAAUAUAGCAUUCGGCUUUAAUAAAACGGAAUCUGUUGUACAGGGUGACGUGCAUUAUAUUAUAAUACGGUGUACAUCUUUUUAUCUUUUUUUUUUUUUUACAAAAAUUACAAACGUUCAUUUAGCGACAGCGCCGUAGUGUUCAUGCAAUAGUGUACAAAAUGUAUAUGUAAAUAAUCUUUGUUAUCGUAAUAUUCUCUCGCGCCUCUCAUUGUAAAAUUUUCCCUUCCCUUCUCGUGUGUUUGUCAUCUGUUAUUGUAAAUAGUUAAUUUUAAGUGUUUGUGUUUUUCUGUUUAUCGUUUUAUCGGCAACUAUUGCUUUUAUAAUUAUUAUGCGUAUGAUAAAUUGUUUGUCAUUACUUUACUUUCUUUUUUUCGUUGAUAUUCGGCAACUGAAGCCAUCUGGUUCUUUUUUUUUAUUGUACAACAUAAAUUUACUUUUAUUUGUUUUCUUAAUUGUAAAUGCAAUUUAAUUAUUGUAAUAAUAAAAUU